AUUCUCUUGUAAUUCUCCCGCCCGCUUCACAGAAGAGGUUCCGCCUCACAGUUGAAGAGGGAAAGGGUAGAAGACAUGAAGACGAUUUUGGCAUCACAGACGAUGGACGUCCCAGAUGGAGUGAAGAUCAAGGUGAAAGCUAAGAUGAUAGAGGUGGAGGGUCCUCGUGGGAAGCUCAUCAGGAACUUCAAGCAUUUGAACCUGGAUUUUCAGCUGAUCGAAGGCGGUAAGAAGCUGAAGGUGGAAGCGUGGUUCGGAUCGAGGAAGACGAUGGCUGCCAUCCGUACCGCCAUCAGCCAUGUCCAAAAUCUCAUUACAGGCGUCACUAAAGGCUACCGCUACAAGAUGAGAUUCGUCUACGCCCAUUUCCCUAUCAAUGCCAGCAUCACCAACGGAAACAAGAGCAUUGAGAUCCGUAACUUUCUCGGUGAAAAGAAGGUACGGAAGGUAGACAUGCUUGAUGGCGUGUGUAUUGUCCGGUCUGAGAAGGUCAAGGAUGAGCUCAUAUUGGAUGGAAACGAUGUUGAGCUUGUCUCGCGCUCGGCAGCCCUAAUAAACCAGAAAUGUCAUGUGAAAAACAAGGACAUCAGGAAGUUUCUUGAUGGUAUAUAUGUCAGCGAAAGGGGAACCAUGGCUGAAGAGGAGUAACUGAAGAAGGUAUGCAGCGUGCAUUCGGUUUACUGAUGCUUUGUGGGAGAGUUUUUUGUUUCGAUUGGUAGGCUUGGCCUUUUUUUCAGACUGUUUAGAGAUGAUAGUGGUCGAAAAACAUUGUGGUUCAUGUGUUUUGAGCAUGGGAAUUUUUUAUUUUUUAAUUUUAAUUUUAUUUUGUUUUUUGUUUUUUCAAAUGCUAGAGUGGUGAAUUUUUUCUUGGCCUUUUAAUCUUUUAUUUGAUCCAUUACUGCAUGCUUUGCUCUGUGAAGGAAAUACAGACAAUAUGCUUGGUCUGUUAAUACGCACACUUUUCAGUUUGUUCAAGUGGGGCCUGGGGUUCAGUUUUCCUGACCGUUGGUCUGUUGGGACAGAUCAUGGUUGGGUCAUGCCCCAAACUCUUAUCCUAGAGUGGAAGUUCCUAAUUGACAGCCUUGGAGAAUUGUUUUGGUUGGA